AUGACUGGAAUAUCUCGAACAGGUUGGCCAGUAACUGCGAAGCCUCAAAAAGUUAAUCCAACAACAAUGUCCACGCGAAAAACGCAAGAAACUACCAACAGUAGUAUUGAUCGAGCUGUUAAUUUGUAUCCUUUAACAAAUUAUACUUUCGGCACAAAAGAAGCUCAAGCUGAACGUGAUCAUUCUGUUCAAGCACGUUUUCAACGUAUGCGUGAGGAAUAUGAAAAAAUUGGCAUGAGACGUUCCGUUGAAGGCGUGCUUCUUGUCCAUGAACAUUCUCUUCCUCAUGUUCUUCUUCUACAAAUUGGAUCGACUUUCUUCAAAUUACCUGGUGGUGAAUUAAAUCCUGGUGAAGAUGAAGUUGAUGGGUUGAAGCGAUUACUUACUGAAACUCUUGGAAGGCAAGAUGGCGGUAAUAAAGAUUUGUGGACUAUUGAAGAUGCGAUUGGUAACUGGUGGCGGCCAAAUUUCGAUCCUCCUAGAUACCCCUACAUACCGGCACACGUGACGAAACCUAAGGAACAGACCAAGCUGUUCCUUGUCCAACUUCCAGAACGUGCUUUGUUUGCUGUACCGAAGAAUUACAAGCUGGUUGCAGCGCCUUUGUUUGAAUUGUAUGAUAAUGCAACUGGAUACGGACCACUGAUUGCAAGUUUACCGCAAACACUGAGCAGGUUCAACUUCUUAUACACUCCAUGA